AAGCCUCGCUGGGUUACAGAGCAUGUAUGAGAGUGUGAGGUAGCAGAAAUGGCUGGAGGCGUGAGGCAGUAUGGCGUCGAAAUUCUGGCCUUGGUCCGAUUCUGAGCUCCGGGUCUCUUGUGCCUUGGGCUCGAGGAGUCUGUUUUCGGAGAUCGGAGGAGGCCGGUCACGUAGAUUGAGGAGUUACCACUUCAUCCCUUUUCAAUCUACGGGUUCCCGAGUAAGGAAUCAUGGUGGUGAGUUUGUUGGAGUUCUGUGUGCGGAGUGCGAUUGACAACUUACAAUACCUCUCCGAUGUCGGUGAGACCGACAUCCAGUUGCUCAAGAGAAUUCUGCCGCAUUGCAAUGCGGACCAGCUUAAUCACAUUGAAACGUCGACAAAGGGUCGAGAUUUGAGCCCUAUCACAGAUGAACUAUGGCGUAAAUGUUAUGGCCGGAGAUUUGGGGAGGAUGCUGUGGAAAUGGUCAAGGAGCGGAUGUCCAGCCGGAAAUGUAAAUUCAAGUGGAGACAACUGUACCAGGCCAAAGUGAGAGAGCAAGAUGAAAUUCAGAGGAAGGGUGUUAAUCGAUUGAGAGAACUGUACAAAGAGCAAAAUUCCCAGAAAGAGCGGAAGCAAAUUCAGCCGAUUGAUUUGAAACCACCUGAGAGCAAGCGAGUGAAGAGGACAGGACCUGGAGGGAGCUUCAGAGGACCAUCUUCAAAGGCCCCUGCAAAGGGUAGACUGAUGCAAAAGUCCAGAAUGGAUUUUGCGAAGAGUAACGAGGCAGCCAGGCAGGCUUCACUGGCGAAGAAUAGAUCGAAUGUUAAUUAUGGAAUCAAUCAACGACCUGGAGGCUCUUCCCGACGCUAAUGCCUUCCCCAUGUGCAGUAAUCAACAAGGGGAGGUGACACAUCUUUAUAUAUACACACACGCACUCAUUACUUUCCGUGAUGUACAUGCUCCUGGCUUAUCCAGAUUUAAGAGGAGUUUAUCAUCAGGUUUCACCAUUCUAUAACACUGUAUAGCAUGUAGUACAUAGUCCAUUAGCAGUUACUUUCCGUCUUCUCGUCAGGCCGUUUUCAUUGUAGACUCUAGCAGACGGUGCCUUCCGAAGGCAGACAGGAAAAUCUAUAGUUGAGAUGCAGUGCCAUUAUCUUGAUGAUACAAGAAGUGAUUGACAUUUCCACAGUUUAGUGUAUCUCCAUUGUGACCGAAUCCACAGAAUAUCCAUGUUGCUCGCAGCUGUCUCCAUGUACUAUACUGUUGCGUUGUCGCUUUAGUCAUCAUAUGAAGUGUUCAAAUUUUUUGACAUAUCAUUGAAA